GGGGGCGGCGGGAGUGACGGCUCAGGCGGGGCGGGCCGGGCCGCGAGCGGACGGAGUUUGUGCUGUCAGAGGUGACGUCUCCAGCAGAGGAUAGUUUGGAGUAUCACACCUUGUAGGAGUGGGAAGUUGUUGAAGAUUUCUGCUGUGGAYUUGCACAAAAACCACAGACCAAUUUUCCUKCUCUAGGUGCUUUCUGGAUAAUGGCGAAGAUGGUGAGAAGAACAUGUGCAUUUUGUUCAGAAGGGGAGGCUGGCUCGGUAAUGUAUGUCGCCACAGAGGGAGAUAUUGCAGCUCAUCGAGAUUGUCUGUUAUUUUCCUCAGGAUUUGUGGAAUCUGAAGAUCAUAACCCAGAAAACCUGGAAAUAAGGUUUGAUGUGGCAUCAGUGUUGAAAGAGCUCAGGAGAGGAAAGCGGCUGGUGUGCAACUUCUGCCGCAAGAAGGGGGCCACGGUGGGCUGUGAGGAGCGCGCAUGCCGCAGGAGCUACCACUUYUUCUGCGCUCUCUGUGACGACGCAGCCGUGGAAACGGACCAAGUCAACGGGGUCUACCGAGUGUUCUGCUCAAAACAUGACCCAGGGAAUAGGACCAAUAACUAUGAUGGAGCUAACAAAAAAAGAAGGUAUACAUUGCCAUCUCCUACCAUCACAGAAGAAAUGAGUACAGAAGAGACAGCAGAAGAAAAUGAUUUACGAAUACUUAAAAGAAAAAACAACAGGCAUAAAGUUCAAAUAGACUUUGUUAGGAAGUGUAAACAAGCUGGGCUUCUGGAUGACAUAUUCGAAGAAAUGCUGGACACACUUCACCUGGCACAGGAAAAACUGAUGGAUGACAACACUUCAGAAACAGAGUAUGAAGAGACAGUGAUGGCACUGUUUGACUGUGGACUGUUUGAAAAUAUACUGACAAAUAUUCACUCAGGAACAGAUGGAAGAAUUCAAGAACUCCUGGAAAACAGGAAAAGACUGGAUCACAAGAUUGAGCUACUGCGGGACUUAAAAGAAGUCAUCCUUCCUACUCCAGAGAACGCAGCCAGUACAUCCAGUACAGUGUCUGAAUAGCCCCUUUUUGUGCUGUUAUCAGUAAUUAGGAUUUUCUAAUGAUAAAAAACCAUAGAGUAGUCCAGUCAGUGUCUUAUKCCCCAGCCCCAAGACAGGGACCCAAGCAAGAAUGGGGUGUUACACUCAUUUUUAUACCUCACUGUUGCAAUAAUUUCAAGUUCUUCAAGUUUUCAGAUCUUCAUCUUCAUAUUUUACAAAGGAAUGAGUGUUAUACACUAAAUAUUGAGCUUUUACAGAAACUCAACAGAACCCUCCAGUGAAGACUUUUGUCUCAAAGCCAAGGGAGUUUUCAGCUGCCACAGAAUACUUGUUAAAGUCACUUUAACUGUGGGAAUCCUCUCUCUUGGCUGGCAGUAGCUGCCUCAGUGUCUGGGUCUAGACAGUGAUAUUUGAAGGAUGUUGCUGCUUUGGCUUUCCCAAAGAAGACAUAUGAGCAGAACUUGCACUCUAAGAAGCCUUCUGAAUUAUUAACAGGAGUUUAAUUUAAAAAGCCAAAUUAUUCUUUAUGGACUGGUCAAUGUGUAACUGUUACUACUGUAAGAGCAGUGGUACAGCAGUGUUUGCAAGCAGGCCAGUAACGGUUGGGCAUUAUACUCUGAACAUGUACAGUGUCAAAUGGAGCAAAACAAUGGACUGGAUCUUCCUUUCUCCAUUAAGAAAGGAUUCAACUUUCAUUAGUUUCAUCUUUAUAAUAUUGUUUGAAUACAGAAAAGCUAAGCUAACAAAAUAAAACAUUUUUU